CCACUUAGCGAGUGCUCAAGAAACGUUAGCUGUUGUCAGCCCUUAAGACGGGGUCUGGCAGGUCUCUUGAAUGGUUUAGCAUGGACCCCGUUGCUACGCACAGCUGCCACCUCCUCCAGCAACUGCACGAGCAGCGUAUUCAAGGCCUGCUUUGUGACUGUAUGUUGGUGGUGAAAGGAGUCUGCUUUAAAGCUCAUAAGAAUGUCCUAGCAGCAUUCAGCCAGUAUUUUAGGAGCCUCUUUCAGAAUUCUUCAAGUCAGAAGAAUGAUAUUUUUCAUUUGGAUAUUAAAAAUGUGAGCGGCAUAGGGCAGAUCCUGGACUUCAUGUACACUUCUCAUCUAGAUCUUAACCAGGACAAUAUACAAGUAAUGUUAGACACAGCACAAUGUUUGCAAGUUCAAAAUGUUUUGAACCUGUGUCACACGUUUUUAAAAUCAACCUCUGUGGAACAGCCACCUGGCAUGCCUUGUAGUAGUACCUUCUCCCUGCAAAGCACUCUGACCCCUGAUGCUGCUUGUGUUAUAAAUGAAAACUACCCUUCUCAUUUACUGCAAGAGUGUUCAGCAGAUGUACAUCAAAAUCAAGUUUUGGAUGAAUCGCAUUCUCAUGCGCUACCAUCAGUUCAUCAUCAUUCCACAGGGGAAAUAUCAAAACAAGCCCCUGAUACUUUAGAUAGCAGCUGCACAGAACUGCCUUUCAAACAGCCAAAUUACUAUUACAAACUCAGAAACUUUUACAGUAAACAGUAUUAUAAACAAGCUGCUUGUCCCAGUCACAAUCGAGUCAUUGAGCAGCCUUUUACUUUCAGUACCUCCACGGACCUUGCUGCAGUAGAAAACCAGCCAUGUGCUGUCAGUCAUUCCGAAUGUAUCCUGGAGUCUCCGGAACACUUGCCUUCCAACUUCCUUGCCCAGCCUUUGAGUGACUCUGCCCCAGACCCUGAAACAGACACCACAUGUCAACAACCUACCAAGCAGAUGAGGCUCAAAAAGGCCAUUCACCUGAAAAAACUAAAUUUUCUGAAGUCACAGCAAUCAGCAGAGCAAACAUCUGAAACCAAGUCAGAUGAUGGUUUAACAAAGAGGAUGGAAUCUGCUAGUGAAAAUACUGUAAAGAAAGCUAGCAGCCAAAGUACUGAAGAAAAAGAAAGUGAAGAACUCGUCAAUUCCGAGAAUUUUAAUUGCACUGGUGAAAUGGAGAGACCAGAUGACUCUGCCACACUGGAAGACCAGUCCCAGACCCUCCAGCCACAGAGACAAUAUGCAUGUGAAUUGUGUGGGAAACCUUUUAAACACCCAAGCAAUUUGGAGCUUCACAAACGGUCUCAUACAGGUGAGAAACCUUUUGAAUGUAACAUUUGUGGGAAACAUUUCUCUCAGGCAGGUAACUUGCAGACUCACUUACGUCGGCAUUCUGGUGAAAAACCAUACAUCUGCGAAAUCUGUGGAAAGAGGUUUGCAGCCUCUGGCGAUGUCCAGCGUCACAUUAUUAUUCACUCAGGAGAGAAACCACACUUGUGUGACAUCUGUGGUCGAGGGUUUAGUAACUUCAGUAAUUUGAAGGAGCACAAAAAGACGCACACGGCUGAUAAAGUCUUCACCUGUGAUGAAUGUGGAAAGUCUUUUAAUAUGCAAAGGAAGUUAGUGAAGCACAGGAUUCGGCAUACGGGUGAGCGGCCCUACAGCUGCUCCGCCUGUGGGAAAUGUUUUGGGGGAUCAGGUGACCUCCGCAGACACGUCCGCACUCACACUGGGGAAAAGCCAUACACGUGUGAGAUCUGUAGCAAGUGCUUCACCCGCUCUGCUGUGCUCCGGCGGCACAAAAAGAUGCACUGUAAAGCUGAUGACGAUGGCCCGGACAUGCUGGAGGAGCUCGGCCAAGCCAUCGAGACCUCUGAUCUUGAGAAAUCUCAGAGCUCAGAUUCCUUCUCCCAGGACAUGUCUGUGACGUUGAUGCCAGUGUCAGUCAAGCUCCCCGACCACCCAGUGGAAGACUCCAUGACAGAAUUUGAUAGCCACUCUGCUGGCUCCUACUGUAAGUUACGGUCCAUGAUUCAACUUCAUGGAGGUAAUGACCAGGAGAAACUAGGUUUGGAUCCUGUUAAGCUUGCUAAGCCCCAGGUGCAGCAGACGCAGCAUCCAACAUAUGCUUACUCAGAUGUGGACGCCUCAGCCAGCGACGAGCCACUGCAGGCUGACAGCAUGUCCAUGAUCCGCUCAUCUCUGGCUGCUUUGGACAAUCACUGCAGUGACCCUCUGGGCAGUCGUGCCUCUUCCACUGCCUACAGGAACUCAGAGGGACAGUUUUUCUCCAGCAUGACGCUCUGGGGGCUUGCAAUGAAGACACUGCAGAAUGAAAAUGAGUUGGAGCAGUGACAGACAUCACUGGCUUUGGACAACACUGUCAUCACUUCUCAGCUUGGCGGGUUGGUGACCAGGCUGUGGGAGAACCAUUUUCUGUGACUGGUCCCUUUUGCCAGCCAGAGAACGUUUAGGUAAUUCUCCUCCUGGUAGUGGUUGGUCAUCUGAAGCAUCUUGAGCUGAGGGUUUAGGGAGAGAGGGCUCCUGGCUCCCUGCUGCAGCAGGUGCAGGAGCAGAGAAGCAAAGGCUUGAGACACUGUCUCACUAACUUCAGCUUCCAGGAGAAAGUGCACACCUGAUAUCAGCUGCCGAACAUUGUGGUCAUGUUAAAGGAAAUAUAUAUGUAUAAUACAAAUGUUAUUUUUGUAUUUUUACAAGAUUGAAAUUUGUAGCAUUUUGUAUUUUUAAAUAUUUACACAUAUUUUAUUUGCAUAUGAAACUCAUACUAUAAUUUAACUUGAAUAAAUGAAACUUACUUUUGUAUAUAA